AUGGCAGCCGAGGCGGCCGCUGCUGCGGCCGAAAAGGCAAAGCUGAGCUCUGUGGUGGAGGUACCUCAGAUCGAAGGAUCGGACCCGGAAACAGAUCCGUUGGAUGCUUUCAAGAAUGUAUUGGCAGCUCAGCUGUCAACCCUGAUCGAUGUCGAUAUCAAGAUCCUCUAUGAGGCACUCGAGGCCCCCCGUGCAUCAGAAAACGGCCACAUUGCUCUCUCAGUACCCCGUCUGAGGCUCAAAGACAACCCCUCCGCCAUUGCUGCUGAUAUUGUUGAGAAGUUCCAACUGAACGAUUAUGUCCAACUUGCCAAGGCGGAUGGUCCCUUUGUUAACUUCUUCUUGAACCACAUCAAGUUGGCGCAAUCCCUGUUCAAGAAAAUCUACAGCACCAAGGAACGCUGGGGCGGCAACAACCUCGGUCAGCAAAAGAAGGUCAUUGUCGAGUUCUCGUCGCCCAACAUCGCCAAGCCAUUCCAUGCGGGACAUUUGCGCUCGACCAUCAUCGGAUCUUUUGUGCGCAACAUCUUGCAGGCCAAUGGAUAUGACACCCUCAGCAUGAACUAUCUCGGUGACUGGGGCAAACAGUACGGACUGUUGGCAGUUGGUUUCGAGUGUUACGGAUCUGAAGAAAAGCUGGUGGAGGAUCCCAUCAAACACCUGUUCGACGUUUAUGUUAAGAUUAACCAAGAUGCCAAGGAGAACGAGGCUGUUCACGAUAAAGCUCGCGCAUACUUCAAGAAGAUGGAGGAUGGCGACGAAGCAGCUCUCAAGAUUUGGACCCGCUUCCGCGAUCUGUCUAUUGUCAAAUACAAGGAUAUCUAUGCGCGACUCAACAUCGCUUUUGACGUCUACUCUGGCGAGUCCCAGGUCACGGACGGCAUGAAUCGCGCGCUGAAGAUGCUUCAUGAGAAGAAGCUGCUUACGGAGUCAGAUGGCGCCCUGAUUGUAGAUCUCACAAAGUACAAGCUUGGGAUCUGUGUCGUACAGAAGAAGGACGGCACGACACUUUAUAUCACCCGCGAUAUUGGAGCAGCAUUGGAGCGUUAUGAAAAAUACGGAUUCGAACACAUGUAUUACAUCGUCGCGUCGCAGCAGGAUCUGCACCUGAAGCAGCUGUUUAAAAUUCUGGAGCUGAUGGGAUUCGAUUGGGCCAAGAAGGUCACGCACCUGAACUUCGGUAUGGUUGGAGGCAUGUCGACCCGCAAAGGAACAGUUGUGUUCCUGGAAGACAUUCUGGAGGAGACUCGGAACGCGAUGCACGACGUGAUGAAGAAGAAUGAGCACAAGUACGCACAGAUCGAGGAGCCUCUAGAAGUUGCAGACAACAUUGGAAUCUCCGCUAUCAUGAUUCAGGAUGCAUCGGCACGUCGUAUCAAGAACUACGACUUUGACUGGAAGCGCAUGUUCUCGUUCGAAGGAGACACGGGCCCAUACCUCCAGUACGCGCACGCGCGUCUGUGCUCGAUCGAGCGUAGAACAGAGAUGGAGGUUAACCCGAACGUGGACUUGUGCCAGCUGGGCGAUUCGCGUGCAGCUGCAGAUCUGAUCACGAUGAUUGCGCGUUAUCCACAGAUUGUGCGUGAGACGAUGCGGACGUUUGAGCCGGUGAACAUUGUUGGAUACGCGAUGAAGCUGUCGCACCACGUCUCGCAGGCACUAGAGUCAAUGUACGUGAUGGGGGCGGAGAAGGAUAUUGCAGAGGCGCGUCUGUUUAUGUACUGGAGCGCGCGCAUCACACUCGGCAAUGCCAUGCGUCUGCUGAACCUGAAGCCCCAGGAGCGCAUGUAA